CACCCCACAGCCAUCACCUGAAGGCAGUGGUGGCUGGCACUGAGUAGGCCCUAUAUAGCGUGCACUACGAGACGACGGCAAAAAACAGACAUUCAAGCAAGCAAGCAAGCAAAAAAUAAGCUAAAAACAAAUGAAUCAGUUGUAAAUGUAAAGCGGAAGAUAACUGUUCGAAUAUCUCUGCUGUGCCGCCGUCUCGUCAGGUUCACGUUUAACCUUCUUCUUCUUUUUCUCCUUGACGUUUACUGCAUCUUCCUCUCAAGCAGCCAAAUCUAACUGGCAAUAGAGAUAACAUUGCACAAUUGAUCCUGAUCGAUCAUGAUCCAUUGCCGUAUCCGCCUUCGCCCUACGCUAUUCUUCAUGUUACAUAUACUACCUCUACAACUGAAGACACCAUUCUACUUCUACUAUUACAAUUACUACUGGUAUCAUUACUACAAAUGAAGUCUACCAGCAUCCAUUUUGACGCUAGCAAGUCACCACCAGCCUCACCAACGCAGCGUCUGCAGCGGAGUUCGAGCCGACAAAAAGUUGAAGCCAAGAAAAUAUCAUGUGGCCGCAGCCGCAACGCGGCAUCUCAUCAUACAAUGUCUAUGUAAUAUAACGUUGUUAUUGCUGUUUGUGUUGCCGAAAAAAGCGUCACCGGUGUGUGUUGCUUCAUCAUAGAAAAAACAGAGUGCUACGAUUAUCCUAUCAAAAGUUGUCCUGGAUUACCCAACAUCGCAUUCUCAAGAGUAAUCAAGAAGAAUAAACGCCGAUAACAUCGAUAGGAUAGGAUAGGAUCAUACCGCAACCGUCUUUGCCGCCUCCGUUCACAGUGAACGACUAUGUUUUGGUCAAACAGAACACAAAAAUUUACCCAAUUGGGUAGUCAUCUGUAACUCCUUACGUGAUCCUCAAAUAUUGGGGAGCGCCGGACAACUUUCGACUCCGCUUGAUGAAGUACAUUUUUCGACAAUAGAAUGACCGAACUCGACCUUGAUUUGAACCACGCUUGAUAGCAAGAUGAGCAGUUAUCAAUUUUGACAGACAAACAUAGAAGCAAACGUAGGGCAGAGUACGUAGUGAUAUGAAAAGUAUAAAAGUUGAAGAAAGCAUUGUACACAAACCUACCAUCGAUCCAAGUAUCUUCAACAAGUUUGCUUUGUUCUGGAGACCUAAUGCAGUCCGCCUUUAUUAACCAUCCGUAUAGUGCUAUCCUUUAUUUAUUUUCGUACGUUGAAGGAAAUCACCUAAUGGUCUACCAUUGACCAUCAAGACCCUAAGGAAAUUAUGGUGAGCUACAGUGUUCCCCUCUUUCAACAGUAAAUAGUAUGUCGGCUGUAUGCCUGACCGCUUUAGACUGUCCGAUCAGACGCGAGCGUGAUGAUUCAGUAAUUAUUUGCCAAGCGACAACCAUUUCUGGUAAUUACAUUAUCACUGUAUGCCAUUAUAUACAUAUAUCACGCGAAGCCGACGACCGUAAUGGUCGCAAUGUCAACUUUUCGAGAUACCCUGCCAGGAAUACAAUAGCAGAAGUAUCGACAAACUAGAACAGCAAAGACGUUGCCGUAGUGAAUAACUUGCGUCGCAAGAAAGUUGCCUUAACACGUUCGGACCAGUUGCAUCAUACGCUAAACGUUGCAAAGAUUGGAAUCAAUCUCGAUUUUGGUCAGGCUAAAGAAGAACAAGAUCAGUUUGUGUAUGCAACAGUGUGAAGAAUAGUAAUCGGCUUAAUACCAUUUUUAUCCCUUUUAUGACGACCGUUUGCCUCGGGUGCUUUUCUGUUCAGCACAAACUGUCCUUCAACAAUUUACUAAUAUUCAAAUGAGCUACUGUGGCUCAAUUCAAAACUAGCUACCAUCUCAACUUAAACUAAUUGCGCUUUACGUUCCCGUAUCAUUUUGCGUUCUGCUUUUCGAUACGAUGCUAAAAGAGAAGAAUCGACGUAGUGUUAAUACGCCUAAUUGACACUGACGAAAGCAGAAAAAUGAGUUCCGACGACGUAUCGGAUUGGCCGCAAUCAUCGCCGGCUACAAAAACCAGACCUACCGCAGCGUGGCAAGUACCACGUUUAGAGCUGAGAUUAAAAGCUGGCUCUGCUAAAACCCAGGCCGUCAUGAACAACCAGUGGAAUCAGCGUGUUAAUGACACCAAUCGUUAUAGUUAUUAUAAGUAUGGCAUUAAAAAGAAUAAAACAAAUUAUCAAGAUUUGCUAAACAGUCAAGACUUCGACAAGGUCACAGCCGGUCAAAGGGUCAUACCGGGGGAUCGUGUAUCAAACCUAAGGAAUCUGCAUCGUUUUCAAUGUCGUUGCUUAGAUACGAGAACCCCUUUUAUCGAUUACCAAUUGGAACCUAGAUCGCGAGAUCACGUCUUAUCGUCGAUGGUAGUCAAUAGUAUACAAACUUCUGCUUCGUCUUUUUUAUGCCCAACGAGAAGCUCACUGGAAAAACAAAUCGACGUGAAUGUCUUCCUUUUAGAGAUUUACAAUACGGAGAUAACGACAAACAAUCAUAACGAUUUAACGCUCAAAAGCAAAGCAGUAACGACAACGUCCACAGUACUGAACGCGUGCAAAAAUCACGGAGGGAUGAUCUCUAACAUUUGUAGAAAUGACUCUAAUGAAGUUUAUGCCGAUGAUAAAGACGGCGACGAGCAAAAGGGGGGCGACGAUGAUAAUUACAGUUCGACGACGUCUACUUUGGAUCACAACAGCCAGCAGCUUGCUAUCGGCAAACCAGAACUCUUAAGCCUAUGGAGAUCUCCUGUUUGGCCCGCACAUAUGCCCAGCAAAGCUGAAAGCAAAUACCUGCGUGAUCCGGAAGCAAAGCCAAGAAAAAGAUACAGACUAAAUCGACAGAGAUCGCUAGAUGUCACUGCUAGAAAUGACGAGCCUUUAGUUUGUAUUCGUCAGCUAAUACAUCGUUUAGCCAGUCGAUACGUGGCUACGUCACUGUAUACUGUUUCCGGAACAGGGAUGGGCAACGCUCUUUUGCCCCUAAUGGUUGUCUUGGCAGCCGCCGCAUGUCUUCCGAGUGCUGUCGACGGCGCGAAGUCGUCAACGGACGCAUUUGCUAUUGGCGGCGUGUUUGACCAAGGAGAAAAUAGCCAUCUCGAUGAGCAUCUCUCGCGGGCUGUGGAGCGGGUAAAUCGUGAUGGAGCCCUACUCAGGGGUAGGGAACUGCAGUCGAUCUCCUUUAAAACAAAUCCGGGAGACAGUUUUGUUGCUUCGAAAUGCGUAUGUGAACUGGCUCGGCAAGGAGUGGUAGCGCUCGUAGGCCCCACGUCGUGGCAAGUGGCCACGUACGUGGCAUCUGCGGCCGCUCGUCUUCACGUGCCUCAUCUAAAGACAUCUGCCGGAGGAUUCCGUGAACGACGAAGUCCAUUUUCACUGCAGCUGCACCCGGCCGUAAAUCAGCUGAAUAAGGCCUACUAUGAUCUCAUUAAGAGCCGCAAGUGGAAGUCGUUCGCCGUGCUCUACGAUAAUGACAAUGUGUUUGUCGCGCUGAAAGAUGUGCUCAACGCUUCCUUAAAUCCUCCAAAUGUGCUGAUGUACCCAUACAACCCCGCGCUAUCCUUCAAGAAGAUGCUCAAGGACAUCGGCAGUAAAAACAUCUACAAUAUCAUUCUACACCUUGAACUCACCAAAGUGCCGCAGCUAUUCCGAGAGGCGGAGGAGGUGAAUCAAACGACACUCUACCACGACUAUAUUGUCAUGGGCCUCGAUUUCCACACCUUGGAUUUACGCGAGUUCUACUCGCUUAAAGCUAACGUGACCGCAUUCCGCAUCAUCGACCCGGAUCGCGUAGCCGUGCAGCUCGUGCGACGCGACUGGGCGCUUACUCAGGGUCUCCAACCGGAUUCUGGUGUCAGUGCCAGCCAUUCAAAGGGUUUAGGAUCGCCAGGAAAAAGGGGUUUAACUGGAACAGCGCUUUUUUGGCGAAAACCCCGUGACCUUAGCAGCGGACUACCAGCUUCUAUUGAUCAGAUGUCGACAGCGGAGGCUCUGCUGUAUGACGCAGUCAGCUUGGUUGCAGCGGGCGUAGAGGCUCUCCUGGAGAAGGAUAAAGAGGCCGCGAAGGAUAACAAAGCCGCUAAAGGCAAGGACAACAGCAAGGACAAGGACUUAAGGGCGGGCCCGUUGGUCCUUUCGCAGCUUGACUGCAACCGGAGCGCGCACUGGGAGCACGGCAAAGCCCUGCUUGAGGCCAUCAAAGGGGCGCGAAUCCGGGGGCUGAGUGGGGACUUACGUUUGAACCGUCGCACUGGGACACGAGACGAGUUCGGCCUGGACGUCGUGGAGCUCAAAUACACGGGGCUAAAAAAGAUUGCUUCAUGGAGCCCGCGAGAGGGUCUCAAGCUUAAUGCUGCCAAUCGCACUGAACAGGAAGCGGACCUCAGCCGAACGCUCGAAGGAAUGACCUUGCGAGUUGUAACCGUGCUUAAUGAACCAUACACGAUGUUACAUCCGCCUUCGGAAAAUCGUACUGGCAAUGAUCGGUUCUACGGCUAUGCAAUUGAUCUUAUCGCCGCACUGGCAAGCCUGUACAAAUUUAACUACACGUUUUACAUAUCGCCAGAUCGAAAGUACGGAAGUCGUCAACCAGACGGAAAAUGGAACGGAAUGGUCGGUGAACUCAUUCAAAGGAAAGCGGACAUUGCAGUUGUUGACCUAACGAUCACAUAUGAACGUGAGCAGGUGGUAGACUUCACUAUUCCGUUCAUGAACACGGGAAUAUCAAUCCUGUUUAAAAAGCCUGAAAAAUCGGAACCGGCCAUAUUCUCAUUUCUCUAUCCGUUUUCGAUCGUCGUAUGGUUUUACACGCUCACCGUGUACACGUUCGUAUCGAUCCUCGUCUACGUGCUGGGCCGAUUCACGCCGUAUGAAUGGGUGCCCUCACACCCUUGCGAUCCCCAGUCGGAGCCGGAAAACCAGUUCAGCUCUCUGCAAAACGCGUUCUGGUUCACUAUGGGUUCCAUUAUGCAGCAAGGCUCCGAUCUGGUACCUAGGGCCAUCUCAACUCGUGUCCUGGCCUCGAUCUGGUACUUCUUCACGUUGAUCCUUAUUUCAUCGUAUACAGCGAAUCUCGCGGCUUUCCUAACAGCCGCCCGGAUGGGAGCCCCCAUUGAAAAUGCCAACGAUCUGGCCAAGCAGACUAAGAUCGCCUACGGAUGCCUUGGAGGAGGAUCUACAUAUGGUUUCUUCAAGAAACAUAACGACCCGGUGAUGAAGCGGAUGUGGACGUACAUGGAGACGGCACGACCGGCAGUGUUCACGUCGUCGAACAAGGAGGGUAUAGAGAGGGUGCUGCGUGGGGACUACGCUUACUUGAUGGAGGCUCUGUCAAUCGAGUACCUCGUUGAAAGAAACUGCAACCUCACACAGAUCGGAGGUCUGCUUGAUAACAAAGGCUACGGUAUCGCUACACCUUUGAAGUCCCCUCUACGCAGUGCUCUCACAUCGGCAAUUUUAAUCCUUCAGGAAAAGGGAGUUCUGCAUUCUUUAAAAAUGAAAUGGUGGAAGCAACAAGGCGGACUGGUGAAGUGUGACGACGAGAAGGGCGCGUCGUCGACGAGCGAGAUGGACAUGGGCUCGGUGGGAGGCGUCUUCCUUACCCUCAUCGUGGGUUGCACCGUCGGCGUAAUCAUCGUUGUCUGCGAGUUCUGCUGGAAGCGCGCCAAGCUGCCCUACGGCCAACGAGGACAUAUUUUGUGCGAAUUCUUCAAAGAGAUGCGGCACGUCCUCGCAUGUCAGGGCUCGAGACCAAACUUUGAUUCAAGAGAGGACAUGGACGAUCAGACACAGGAUAUGGACGGUGCCGUAGGGACAGGCGCAGCUGGUGCUUUACACGACGAGGCUGAUGCUCCUGGCGUAGCAUUGGCAGAUUCGCUCCAUCUUCAUCAGCUGCAACGGCAAAUAGCCAAUCUCAACAGCAUGAGCAGCGGUGAAAGCGGCGUGGUCGCUAAGACCAAGAUAGCCCGUCCAGCUACCCUACAGGAUAUACGCGAGCUUCGCUUGCAUGACCUACAGUAUCAUCAGCAAUUUCGACAGAAGCAACAGCACCAGCAAUAUAAUGGUAACUCGCACGGCAGCGGCGAUCCACAGAGCGGAAGCAAGGCGCACAUUGGGUCGGGCUCUUUCUCUCGACAGACCUCCGCCAGCCACCUCAGUAGGACCGGCACUCUGCAGUCCAGACACUCGAACCACUCGGGACGUCGAGCGUGUAUGGGAAGAAAGACAUCGAUUAUGAACAUAGAUAAAGAUACGUAUGUACAUUCACACGCAAAGCUUACGUAGGGAACAAUAUACGACAAGGUUCAAGUGAGAGGUGACCAAAAUUUCGAGCAGAUCUGGACCGCGGUGGAAGCUCUCCACCAGCAUCAACGUAACUCUGCAGUCAAUCACUAAUGCCAAUGAUGCUCAACUAGUUGAGAAUCGACAGUUUACUCUGCCGUAUAUCUUUACAAUGUGACAAGCAAUUUUUCGACGACAAUUAUUCUAGCGGCACUCGCCGUAUAGCGCCUGUUCUAUUUUACUAACACUCGACUAUUUCAAGUAAUGCAAGAUAAGUCAAAACAACUCUAUAUUGUCCAUCUUUUACUGUACCGUGCCCGCAUGCGAGAACACUUAUUGCCAUAUGUGAGCCGGUAUAUGAAUCAACGAACGAAAUCUGGACAUUUUGUGAAAAUGAUGCCAAACCACAACUAAACUCCGUCGAUGCCCGCCUUUAGGCGAGUCGCUCCUCUCCGGAGGAUGGCCUUUGCCUCUUUUACACCUCUUCUUUCUACGACUACCACUACAUCUAACCGUAUUCUAGCAAUCGAUAUCGCUACUUGUUUUCCGCAUAGAAUACACGCACACACACACGCACGCACGCGCACACACACACACACACACACACACACGCACGCACGCACGCCUGCACGCACACACUCGAGAUGUCAAUAAAUCUCCAGGUCGAUCCAGUAACAUCUGGACUUAACGGUAAAUAGGGAACGACAAAAAAUACUCGACAUCAAAAAGCAGCUUGAUCUACUUUCUCAUGCGAGAUGGCGUUAUUUGCGUUUGUUGUUCUUUUUCCGUUCUCGCAAAAUUAAGCAGACGACAAGAUAUUUAAUUUACGAAACAGGAGCGCAUACAGACAUCAUUUGUAACGAACUAUAGUUAAAGAUGUCAUCGAUCGAUUCGUAUCAAUCCAAGGUCGUGGUUUUCUAAACGCUUCAACUAUACAUCGUUUCUACGAGAUCUUUUAAAGGAUGCAACAGUCUUCUCUUUACACAAGUAUAAACUAUACAUAUAUAUAUAUAUACGCGUACACGCCCGUGACGUCCGCGGAACUGUUAGGCCUUUGCUAAAAGACAAGUCAGACCAGCCAACAAUGCUCCUGUGGGCAAGUGGGGACCGGUAGCGAGCCUCGUUGUCUUUAAUUAUUAUAAAAACGACUCAUUAACACGGAUUAUCUUAAAGGUACGUAGUAUUUGUUUAAUAUUCUUUUGUUUUUUAAUAACCAGAUUUAGAUGCUUGUUUCCAGUCUGAAAUUUUUUCUCCGCAACAAGGAUGACUCUCCGUAUUAUUCCUAUAGUAAAAUAAUUAAAUAGAGCAACAGACGAAUUAUCUAUACAUACAUACUUUUUAUUUAAAAAGUUCGAGAUAACCUUAAGGUAGCAAGAGAUAUAAACAGUGACACAUUUGUUAAUAGGGGCAUUAGUAUUAGGGUGCCUCUGCCCUUUAUUGCUGCUCUAAGAGAUAUGAGAUGUUUAGUACUUCCAGAGAUCGCAUCAUUUUUUGGUUGGCAGUCAUUACACAGGUGUUGUAUAUAUAUAUAUCUUCGAUUAAACUUUACUGAUACUCCUUUAUGAAGUCAAUAUGAAACAAAGUAGAAAAUUGAAACCCUUACUCGAUCCAUAAAAAGAUGGGCGCUGACGCUUAUAUCUCGUAUUCUGAUAUGCUACAAUGAACAUGGUUUGCCAACAUCACUUGGACGAACUGGCCGAAGGUAUGCCAUUAAGCUUCUGGGCAACAAUAAAUUGGUCUACUAUAAAUAGAUAUAUGAAUCAAGUGUUAUCUGCCCGUAGACCUGGACCAGCUCUUCGUGCGAGAUAUAUGACUCGAUAAAUGGUGAAGCUCAAUAACGUAAUAUCAUCUAUUUUCGUUGGUGUCUACCAGUAACAACGCCUGCGAGAGUAAUAAUCCUUUUCUCUCUUAUUGAGUCACAACGGUGAUUGCAGUUAUUGUACAUCGACCAUACUGAGCCACCAUUACGAGCUUAGUUUGCUGGGCUACAUCGCAAACAAACCUUACCAAACCAGCCCCUUUUCGGGUUGCGCUGAUAUAUGCACCCAUGAUCCACCGUCGUCCUUCUCACAAUAUCUUCGUGUUUAGCCCUCUUGGCGUUCUAUUUAUCGAUCGAUCAAUCAAUCAAUCCGCUAUUAGUUAUACUCCAUGGUACAAUAUUACCGCCUCACACAUCAAGGCUUACGGUGACUACCGCUUGUCUGUCGCGAGGGACGGUUGACAACGCUUAAGAUAUCAUUAUAUAACAACAACAACAACAACAGUAUAUAUGGCAGAACAACACGCAAAAUGGUAACAGACGACGACAGAGCAAAGGCGGACGCAUGGACAGUGCAAUAUCAGAUUUAAAUAGGCGAUUAGGGAAAAAAAUGUGACUGUUGUGCAGCUGAUCGACUUUUUCUGACAGGGAAGGUUAAUGCUGUCAUAAACAGCACAUAAAAACAAACCAGCCAACUGAAACGUAUAGAACUAGCAAAUAAUGCUCAAGCGCAGCAAGGAUUAGAUUCCCUGCAUAGCUGCAUGUAGUGCAUGAUGCUUACCUAAUGCUCCAAGAUAGACAUUUACUGAUACCAGCUAUGGCUGAACAGCAAAACAGUGUAGAUACACAAAGUAUACGGCAUGUAGUUGCAGGAAUAGACCGAGUCACGUUGACUUAUAUAGACAUAACUUACACUUAUGUUCCAGUGUGCAUAUACUUCUAUAUAUUGUUCGAGGCGAGAAAGAGAAGGAAUGAGCAGAAAGGCCCAUGGGCAACGCUACACACGAAGCGUAACCCAGUAACGCUACGGGCAUUGCUCAUUCGCUAGAAUAAAACAAAGGAUAGAAUUUACUAUAAACGCGGGGUGCAACUAAGGAGACAUAAACGAACCAAGAGCGUAGGGGGAGGGGCAUAUAACAAGAUCUUCAGUGUUCAAAUAGGCUCUGCUUCGAAAACGAUAAGAGUAUAAAGGACAAACAGAAUGCCAUCAAAAUUAAAAGGAGCCAAGAUCGUAGCACCGAAAAAUGUCGAAUACGACCUUCAUUUGCGGGUCUAUCAACGCGACGUACCGCUAACGAGUACACAUCGACAAAACAACAACAACAACAACAAAACAUAUGUUAAAUAUACUAAAUAGUAUAACAAUGUCGUAAUUGUUAGAUACAUUUGUAACUUAUUUAACUUAGAGAAGUAGACAUAUGUUAUAUGUCUACCUUGUUAUAUAAGUGUUUAUUGACAAACAAGGAAGUCUGUCACUUAGAAACACUGUGCAUUGCUAUGACAUGGCGAUGUUAAAAAAUGAUUAGCUUUUACGUACAAACAUCUUAUCAAUCAUCCAUAACUUUCAAAUACCGGCCAAACGAACACGAAUCUGUUAAGAGUUUCUAUGAAAAAUCUGAGCUGAGAGCGUUUGCUUAUUGGGUUUCGUCUUGCAGCGCCUUCGAACAAUCGGAAUAGGCAGGACCUACUUACUGCUCAAUGAAAUAAUCAAUCAUCAAUUAGGGAAUGAAUGAAACCCUUUUUUAUAGUAUCAGUUUUCGUGUUAUCGUUACUACCUUUUUUUUAUGAUAAUAUUGUGGGUUAUUAGAGUGAUUCUUUCUAUAAUUAAAAGUGCAUUAUAUACUUUUACUAUGCAUGAAGUAUUAUUAUAUAUAAGCUUUAUUAUCGAUGGUAAAGAUAAUAUUAUUAUCUCAGCACUUCUAUGAUUGCAAUUC